CUGAGAUUCUGGUGUGUAGGAAGAAAAAGAGGGACGUCGACGGUGGGAAAGACGAGAAGGGACUUUAAUUUUUUGCAGUUGGAAUUUGCCUCGUGGAAGAGUGGACUCAGAAGCGUGUGUGUUCGGGUGUCCACCGCCUGUUCUCCUCUCCUCUGUGCCGGUGCUUCUCCCCCCCUCGGCGGGUCAAAAAAACUGGGGAGUGCCGCUCCUCGGUAGCUAAUCCAGCUAAAUCUGAGAGCGAGGAGACGAACGCUUUUUUUGCUCUUUCCAGUCAAUGUGACUUACACGACGGAUACAUUCGAGUGAACGCGGAACAGAGUCUACGCCGUGGAGUGAAGGAGACCAUUAGCAGAGGAAAAUGAGUGAACUGGAUCAGCUACGCCAGGAGGCUGAGCAGCUCAAGAACCAGAUCAGAGAUGCCAGGAAAGCAUGUGCAGAUGCAACGCUGUCACAGAUCACAGCCAACAUCGACCCCGUCGGCCGAAUUCAGAUGCGCACUAGACGGACACUGAGGGGACAUCUGGCUAAAAUCUACGCCAUGCACUGGGGCACUGAUUCUAGGCUUCUGGUCAGCGCCUCCCAGGAUGGAAAACUUAUUAUUUGGGACAGCUACACCACAAACAAGGUCCAUGCUAUCCCGCUGCGCUCAUCUUGGGUCAUGACCUGCGCCUAUGCUCCUUCUGGGAACUAUGUGGCUUGUGGAGGCUUGGACAACAUCUGCUCCAUUUACAAUCUGAAGACUCGUGAGGGAAAUGUGCGCGUCAGCCGCGAGCUGGCUGGACACACAGGGUAUCUUUCCUGUUGUCGUUUCCUGGAUGAUAAUCAGAUUGUCACCAGCUCUGGAGACACCACCUGUGCUCUUUGGGACAUUGAGACCGGUCAACAGACAACCACCUUUGCUGGUCACACUGGUGACGUCAUGAGUCUCUCUCUGGCACCUGACACCAGGCUGUUUGUCUCCGGAGCCUGCGAUGCCUCCGCCAAGCUCUGGGAUAUCAGAGAAGGAAUGUGCCGACAGACCUUCACCGGGCACGAGUCAGACAUCAAUGCCAUCUGUUUCUUCCCCAAUGGCAACGCCUUUGCCACGGGCUCUGAUGAUGCCACCUGUCGGCUGUUCGACCUGCGCGCCGACCAGGAACUCAUGGUUUACUCGCAUGACAACAUCAUCUGUGGCAUCACCUCCGUCGCUUUCUCGAAGAGUGGACGACUCCUGCUGGCCGGUUAUGACGACUUCAACUGUAAUGUCUGGGAUACUUUGAAGGCUGACCGUGCAGGCGUUCUGGCUGGUCAUGACAACCGGGUGAGCUGCUUGGGUGUAACCGAUGACGGCAUGGCGGUGGCGACAGGGUCCUGGGACAGCUUCCUCAAGAUCUGGAACUAGUGUCUGAAGGUGGCGCCUGGACUCCAAAGUUGAGUGGAAGACCAUUCCAACAUCACAAUGUUCAAUUUUAUUGCAUAUCCAAUCUCUUCAAAAAAAUACCAUGAUACUGACUCAAAGUUCCCCCCGCAAACCGUCAAGGGCAAAAACGAUCUUUCUCUCUGUCUCUAUCUAUUCCUCUCUCUUUCUUUCUCUCUCCCAUCCUCCUCAUUUAAAAGAGCACAACUGUCUGUCACUCAUUCAGCUACAUAAAACUAAAAAUCGUAAGGAUCUAAAACUAUAAAAAUGGAAUUGAGAUGUAACAAAAAGUGCAUUCCUCCCAUGACUUAGGUCAGGUAUCGUAGUAUGUGAGAAAGUCACCCUGUGGCCCCUGACAGUUGGUCCCAGCGCAUCGCUUCCAGGUUCCAGCGAAGGUCGUAACACCGCCGCAGCGUUCGUCCAUCUCCGUUUUCCUUUUUGUCCACGAAAUGUCCAGCAGCUGUCAGACGAUGUAAAAAUAAGGACGGAAGCUUCGUUUUAUAUCCUGGUCUUUACCCAUUUUAAGAAUGUUUUAAGUUGAUCACGGAAACAUACGCUCCAGAUCGAGUCAUUCAAAAGAGAAAUCGGCUUUAUCCCAUGGGAGAACUAAAGGAGAGAAUUUUGCUUCAACAGGGAGUCCUCAAGCCACUUCUGCUCCUUCUGUACAUUUAGUCCUAUGACUUUUGUUUUCUUUUUUUUUUUUCCAGUGUAGUCCACAAAUCUUUGUUUGCACAAAAAUUAAAGUUUGCAUAUAUAGAAUAAUGUCGAAAGAAAAAAAAAACGUAAACUAACCAAGCACAUGCUGUUUAUGAUAAUGAAUGCUUGUUUCUAAAACAAAAAACAGAAAUGAUUUUAAUCAUUCUUACACCUAUUCGUCUGGCCGCAGUCUAGACUAAUAUAAAGAUUAACCCUUUGGACCACCAUUCAUCCCUCCUUCCACUUCUUUUUACUGCAUUAUUUUCCUCCUUUAGUUUCGUUUUCCUAAAUUCUGUUGACCGAGGUCGGGACCGGUGAAAGUGGGUCAGCAGUGCCACCACUUCAGCCCGGUUGUAAUGCGGACUUUUCUCUCCAACAGAGGUGCCCAUUCCGUGCUUGGAAAUGCAGUUACUACUCUGUGAAUGAUAUGUUGUAUAAAUCAAUGUUUGAAAAUAAUGAUAUUGAAACUUUUUAAGUUAAAAACGGAAAAAAAAGAUUUUGGUUGUCUGCCAUGGGUGGGUUAUCUCUUAGAAUCGCAUGCUGUAGAAUUGCUUAAAAAGGUCUAUAUGGAAUUAAGUCCUUUGAUGUUUUCCUUUAAGAAAAUAACCUGUUGAAUAUAUCAAUACAAUGAUAUUUAUAUUUUUUUUCUUUUCUUUUUUUUCCUCUUCUUUUAUUCCCUUUUUGUUUUGGCUACUCUGUGCAUACAUGAUUCAACUCAAACGUCAAAGCUAUGCACUCGAGGAGCGAAACCCUGCGACAUCAAAUGGUUACUUGGUCCAUACCUAGGAGGGAUUCCACUAAUAAAACUCGCGUACACACAUGUAUUCAUUCACCUGAACACACACGAUGGAACAAAUACAUUUUCAUUCCUACUGUAGCAAACAAAGAUUCCACUUACAAAAAAACAUUUUAUAACAGGUUCUUUUCUGUCCUUAAAUAAUAAAAAAAAGAGAAAAAAAAAUAUUGCAGCAUCUGAAUGGCAGAAUUUUCUGUUGUUCCCCUUUCCUUGUAAACAAAGACGCUCUUUCUUUAGCAGUAGUGAAAUUUUCCAUUCUGUUCUUUUCUCUGCGACAUUCUGUACAAAAAAAACUGUGCUGUAAUUGUGCGUUAGGCCUGGAGUUGGCAAAAUAAAUGAAAUUAAAACGUUAAUUAAAUUCCCUUUUUUUCUCUUUCUCCAUCAAAUAACUGUAGAGCUCUGCACCCCCACUCUCCCCCUUUCACCUUUUGUAUUUAAUUUUAAAGUCAGUCAGUGUACAACCGAAAGCUGGAUGCAAGAUAGAAACUAUAUUAAAAUGUACUGUUAUUUAAGAUGUAAUAAAAAGCAGUUUGAGAUGA